CCUGACGCAGCUGCGGGCUGAAGAGACACAAGGGAAGUCGCUGUCGCCACAGUCGAGGAGCUUCUGCUGCCGCCGCCACCGCCUGCAGCAGCCGGGACCCUCCGCCUCACCGCCUCCGCUUCGCCGCCCGCGCCAUGCCGUCUGAGAAGACCUUCAAGCAGCGCCGCACCUUCGAGCAAAGAGUAGAAGAUGUCCGACUUAUCCGAGAGCAGCAUCCUACCAAAAUCCCAGUGAUAAUAGAACGGUACAAGGGUGAGAAGCAACUUCCUGUCCUGGACAAAACCAAAUUCCUUGUACCUGAUCAUGUCAACAUGAGUGAGCUCAUCAAGAUCAUUAGGAGACGCUUACAGCUCAACGCUAAUCAAGCCUUCUUCCUGCUAGUGAAUGGACACAGCAUGGUGAGUGUGUCCACGCCGAUUUCUGAAGUGUAUGAAAGUGAGAAGGACGAAGAUGGAUUCCUGUAUAUGGUGUACGCUUCUCAGGAGACAUUUGGAAUGAAACUGUCUGUGUAAGACUAGAAAAAUGCAUCUGUUCUUGAAUUUUUUUAAAACCUUACCAAGGAGAAAAAAAGGGAUAUUAACCAACUGAGAUUGAUGAGUUCAUCCAAUCACAGAUCAUCAAAACAGUAGUGUUCCUGCCUAGGAGUUUUAGGAAGUUGUUUUGUACUGUAAGCAGAAAAACUGAGCUCCAAAUGAGCACAUUCAGCUUUGGAAAACUACAUGAUUUAACCUAGGCUGUUUUGUUUUCAAAUUUAGAAGUUUAAAAAUAAAAUACUUUGUAUUCUAAGUUGCUAGUAGCAUAGACCUUCACAUUAUUUUAAUGCUCCUUCCCUAUUAGGAACCUGCAAUUUAAGCAUUCAGAGACAUUCUUUACGAGGUUCACUGAACUAGCCAACUUUUUGUAGAAGGUUUUCUACUCAACUGGGGAAAUACCUGUAAGAGGAUCUUUAAGUAUAAGUUGUCAAGCAUAGUCGUCUCCCCCCGCUCCGCCCCCCAUUUGCUAUAAUCGUUGGCAAAAAGCUGGGAAAAUGGGGGUAGGAAAACUCUGAACUGCUGCCCAAGGUUCCUGCUCCUCGUGUACAUGUACUGUGAGUCCGUGCUCUCACAGCGCUGGCGAGUUCUUGUUUGCUUCUCUAGACAGUAACAGAAAAGCACCACUGCUCAGUAAGAACCUUGAAUAAUUUAAAAUUUUGGUCUAGUUUCUCAAAGGGCCCAGAGAAAGAACGUGUGACAUUUCUCCUGGUUUGUAUGUUCUCUAAGAAGUCAAACUGCUGUCCGCUUUGGUAAAGAAACAAGCUGUUCUAUCCGUUUCAUUCCUUAACUACAGUGCUAGAAACUACAGGACACGGAAACUAAAGCAUUAAAAUUCAGAUGCACUCCCUCUGCCUUUUGGCCUAAAGCUGUAGAUGAUCCAUGUUUUAUGUUAAGUGUGUGACUCUUAUUAAAAAGUUACAUUUUUAAGAGUAUUUCAGUUGUCAUUGUAGGUCAGCCAACCAUCAAAGUUCCUCCACUCCCGAGUGCAUGUCAGUUGUGAAGAAAACAGUAGCAAAAGGAGACCUAAUGCUCUUCACAGAUACUCAUGUCAGAAGUUAAACAUUUUCCGAGUUCAACUAGAAUAACCAACGCUUCCUGCUACCUGCAUGGGGUUCACUAUUUACUGUUUUUGUGGGAGUAGCACAGAAGGAUCACAGACCCCUUCGGACUGUACUGCAGCAGGUCACGAUUUCCCUUUGUGUAUUUAGAUGUGUGUGGUGUACCUGUACCUGUUAGUGGAAGUUACUUAUUAACGGAGGGGGGGAUGCCGUAGUACUGCAUACGGGCGCUUGACCCCUGACCUUCCGACUACUCUUCCCGCUGCAUGCAUCUGUCCACAUGGCUAACUUUUAAUGUGUGUUUAUACAUAAUGUAAAUUCUUAAUUGGCCUGUCUUGUUUAGAUUGUAUACAUCAUUAUAUCUGACAUUCUUGUAACUACUGUGUGAUCAGUAAGAUUCCUAGAAGAAAUUCUGCUUUUUAAAAAAAGUACCAUGCAGAGAGGGGUGACUUCUAAUCCCACAUUAGUGGGUGGUCACUAGGAUCUCUAAACCAAGUACAUUUUUAAUGAACUAAGGUGAAUAAAGGCACAACUAAAAACUCAUGAA